AUGUCCGACUCAAAGCCUAAACCCUCUAUUCCUCAAUGGCAACAACAACAACAACAACAACCACCCUCCGCCACCUCUAGCACAUCGCCGAGCUCCGACGACACAUCCUCCCGCGCAACGCUCGUCGAACAAGCCUCCAAAUUCCUACAGGAUGACUCCAUCCGCGACGCUCCUCUCGACCGCAAGAUCUCCUUCCUAGAAUCCAAGGGUCUGCGCAACGACGAAAUCGAAGGUCUUCUCGGCGUGGCGCGCAACCCCGAGGCGACCAGUCCGUCGGCCUCAACAACCGAGGACAAGAAGUCCACCGACUCAACCCCUACACCAUCGCCAGCGCCAGCAUCCCUCUACGGCGCAAGCGAAUACCUCGUGAAACCCAUGCUCGCCAGCCUCACCAGCGCCCGCCACGACCUCGCCGAAACCGCCAGCGCCAAUCUCCAGAAGCUCAACGAAAAGCUCGAGCAGAAUGUCUCCACCAUCCCACCGCAGCUCACGGCCCGCGCAUCCACCGCCGCCGCUCCAGAAGCCGACGAUGACGCCGAUGCCGAGUCCAUCACCUCCGACCCGACCGAGCUCUUCCAUCGCGACGUCGCAACGCAGACGUCCCAGGAGCUCAUCCAGGAUGCGACUGCGCCGUCGGCAGCGGGUGUCGUCAACCCCGCCGACGAGGCCGCCGCGCCGGACCCGCUGACCGCGGUGAACACCCACCACAAGCGUCUGGAGAUCAUCACGGCGAAUCUGCGCGAGUUUGCCGACUUGGAGAAGAACUCCGGGUCGCUCGACGACACAAUGCGCACCAAUCUGAACGAUCUGCAUCAUUACCUGGAUGGCCUGCUCUACAGUAAGCCUGGCUUUGGGACCGCGACGGGGUACGGCGUCUACAGUACCCCCGGUAUCGAUAGUGGCAGCGGCACCUCGACGGGCAUUAGCAAGGGCGAGGAGGAUGCCAUCUCCGGCUUCCGUUCGGAGAUUCGCGGCGUCAAGGGUGCGCUUCUCAGUGCGAGAAACUUUCCCUCUGGACGGGGAGGUCGUGUUGGCUCCGGAUUGGGGCUGAUUCGGUGA